CAUAUUUAUUUAACUUUUUUUUUUUAUAAUAUACAGUUAUAAAAUAUGGAUUCUGCGCUUUUAGCACAAAUUCAAAAAGGUAAAAAACUAAAGAAAGCAGAGACAAAUGAUAGGUCAGCACCUAUAAUUUCAGCGCCUAAAGCAUCUGGUAGUGGUAGUGGUGGUGCAAUGGGAGGCAUGGCAAGACCACCAAUCCCAGGCGUAGGUCAACCACCAACUUUAUCUCAUACAGCUUCUGCUCCACCUUCUAACAUUCUUACUGGACCACAAUUAGGUGGUCUUUUUGUUAAUGGCAUGCCUACUCUUCGAAAAACACGAGGUGCUGCUGUUGAUACCGGAAGAGUAACAUCAGCGUCUUCUACACCUCCACCUCCUCCACCUAGUACUCCAGCGCCUUCUUCAGUUCCAACAAUACCCGGCCGAUUACCUAUUUUUAAUAAACAAUCUACAACAUCAAGUCAUAAUACUUUACCUAGAAACUUUAAGGUGCCACCACCUAUUCCUGGAAAAGCACCUUCGUACCACUCUGCACCUUCAGCUCCUCCUCCUCCUCCUCCUCCUCCUCCACCACCAACAACAACAGUUACUAGUGCUCCAUCAUUACCGUCAUCUCCUCCUCCACCUCCUCCACCACCUUCAGUUCCUCCUGCUCCUCCUGCUCCUCCAAUCGGCAUUUCACCUAAAACUCAAGCAUCACUUAUUCCUCCUAUACCAGGACGUAAUAGAUCAAACAGUUCACCACAAAGAUUUAUGCCACCGCCACCUCCACGCUCAGUACCAUCACCACCAGGUAGUCCUGCUAUGCCGUCCAACCUUCGUCCAACAGCUUCGCCUAAGUUUGGUAUUUCUUCUCGUCCUAAUAUACCUUCAAAUCCUCGAAGUGGACUAGCUGUGCCUCCCGCACUUCCAUCUGGGAGACCUCGUGCCUCCUCUGCCUCAUUAUCUUUUGCAUCUCCUAACACGGGAAAUGCUGCUCCUCCUCCACCACCACCACCACCACCACCACCACCACCACCAACAUCAUCAUCAUCAUCAUCAUCUGCUACAGCUGCUGUACCUUCAUUCGGUUCGCCUUCUCAACGUCAUAUCGCCACACCUCCUCGCUCUUCAUUACCUCCACCACCAUCUGUUCCUAAUAGCAAUAUACGUUCAAAUAUAUCAGCUCCUUCAGCACCACCACCACCACCGCCACCGCCACCACCUACAACAACAACAACUCUACCCCCAGCAGCAGCCCCCAAGUACAAGCCGCCUGUAGUUACGACAAGUCAACCUGAGCAACAACCAACAUCAUUAACAGAAGGAGGAGGAAGAUAUAAAUUUAGGCCAUUAACUGAUUUACCAUCUCCGAGAAGAAUAUUCAUAAAAAAGAAACAUGUAUAUCCAAGUGGGGAAACAAAAGGAAAUAGUUUUCCUUUAGAUUAUUCAAAAUUGCGUUGUUAGAUCAGAUUAUUAUUAUUACGUAUGUAUAUUGUAU